AUGUCAGAUAUUUUCGAAUUCACGAGGCGUUCUAGAAUGCGUCAAAUUUAUCGCCAUUGGCCAUUCCUGUCUGUCAACCCUACGUCUGGGCCUGGCUAUAUGGACGAGUUCAAGUUAGCGCUCAAUCAUCAAAUCAAAUCGCUACCAGAAUCAGCUAUUGAAAGUUUACUUCCAGGUGACCUCCAUAACACAGACAAGAAAACUACUUUUUCUGGGAAGCCAGCACAGGACAUCAUUGUGGACUUUGUGCUCCAAAUACCGAAACAGACACCCGUUGAUACUCGCGUUGUGUCGCAUACACCGUCUACAGACUUAGUGCGCCACAUACCAACCCCAACAGCCGCUGUCGCAUCGAAUACACCGGUGGCGACCAAGGCAGAUGAGGCAAUGAAGACUACAUCAAACAAAACACAUAUAGAUUCGUUUAAAAACACUCUAGAAAUCCUAAAAGAACAAAUUGCCAAAUUAAUACCAAGCGAACAAGAGGUACGAAUAUAUACGGAAAAUGUUAGUAUGACGACCACUGGACAUGCGCACACGAGGUACAUUAUACCUCCAAAACAGACGUGCGCCCUCGUCGGAAACGGUGGCAUAAUUCUAGACAGUACGUGUGGGGCUGACAUCGACUCUAAUGAUUUCGUUAUUCGCUGCAAUGAACCAGAAAUCAGUGGAUUCGAGCGGGAUGUGGGAAACAAAACAGACUUGAUAAUUGUAAAUAAGCAAGUGUUACGUCAUUUCUAUAGUUGGUAUAGCAACAAUAAAGUGUCAAUUCUGGCCAGUGCGCGAGAGACGUCUUGCUUGCUGAACGAAUCCAUUAUCUGUCACCCAACCGGCUUUGUGAGAAAACAAGUCAACGCAAGUAUUGCGGACCCCUUAAUUCAGUUUUCAAAAAAUGGACUUGAUAUUCCUUUUCUAAUGGCCAAUGCGGCGCUCCAGGGAUCGUCAGGCAAUUUUAAAAAAUUCCUUCCGUUACAUGGUCACCCCAGCAUGGGCAUGAAGGCUAUUGUCGCUGCGAUGUCGUUCUGUAAACACCUCACCGUGUACGGUUUUUACCCGUAUCGAUUCGCGCCAGACGGUCACGAAGUGUUCUACCACUACUAUGGCAGAGAAGCCAACAAGACGUGCGAAGACGGGGUCCGCGGCAAACAUCAUUUAAAUGAAGAAUUCGAAUUGAUAAGGACUUUGCAUGAGAAUAAUGUUAUCAGGCUAGUUCUAGAGAAAUGCCAAUGA